CACAAAUACAAACAUCAUCUUCCUUCUCCAUGGAAACAAAUUCUGAUUGCUUCUGGGUUUUGUUUCUUGCUUCCAAAUGCAAAACUUUCUCCUCCCAAAACUCCAUUUUGUUUCUUCUUUUUCUUUGCAUGGCUUGGCUUGCCAUAGUCCUCUGCUUCUGGUUCUACCCUGGAGGCCCUGCCUGGGGUAAGUAUUAUUGGCUGCGCAAGAGAGCAGCCACAAAACACAAAAACAUCAUUCCGGGGCCACGAGGGUUCCCGGUUCUUGGAAGCAUGAACCUCAUGCUCAACCUGGCUCAUCGCAAGCUUUCUGCUGCAGCCAAAUCUUUUGGUGCUAAGCGGCUCAUGGCCUUUAGCUUGGGUGAUACACGGGUUAUCGUUACAUGCAACCCUGAUGUAGCUAAAGAGAUUCUUAACAGUUCUGUUUUUGCUGAUCGUCCAGUGAAAGAGUCGGCAUAUAGUUUAAUGUUCAAUAGAGCGAUUGGUUUCGCUCCUUAUGGAGUUUACUGGCGAACCCUAAGAAGAAUUGCUGCAACACAUCUCUUUUGUCCUAAACAAAUCAGCUCCACCGAGGCACAGAGGUUCGAUAUCGCCUCCCAAAUGGUAUCUAUAAUAGCAUGUCGCGGCGGAGAGUUCUUUGUAAGUGAUAUACUCAAGAAGGCUUCCCUUAACAACAUGAUGUUCUCAGUGUUUGGUAGUAAAUACCAACUGGAUUCAUCAAAUAGUGAAACUGAAGAACUAGGUCAGCUCGUUGAAGAAGGUUACGAUCUGCUAGGGAAGCUGAAUUGGUCUGAUCAUCUUCCAUGGCUUGCUGGUUUAGACCUUCAAAAGAUCAGGCUUCGAUGCUCAGAACUUGUUCCCAAAGUGAACAAAUUUGUGAACAGAAUCAUUCAAGAACAUAAACUCCAAACUGGGGGAAGAAAACAUGAUUUUGUGGACGUUUUGCUUUCUCUCAAUGGACCUGAUAGACUAUCCGACAACGAUAUGUUUGCCGUUCUUUGGGAGAUGAUAUUUAGAGGAACCGAUACUGUGGCGGUUUUAGUCGAGUGGAUACUAGCGAGAAUGGUGCUACACCCAGAAAUCCAAUCAAAAGUGCAGGCCGAGCUGGAUCAAGUUGUUGGGAAAUCACGGCCGUUGAUGGAAUCAGACAUUCAAUCGAUGGUUUACCUGCUAGCAGUGGUGAAGGAGGUUCUCAGGCUGCACCCACCAGGCCCACUUCUAUCAUGGGCCCGUUUAGCAAUCAGGGACACUACUAUUGAUGGAUAUCAUGUGCCUGCUGGGACCACAGCCAUGGUUAACAUGUGGGCCAUCACAAGGGACCCAGAUGUUUGGGUGGAUCCACUCAAGUUCAUGCCAGAGAGAUUCGUGUCCAAGGACAGUACUGAUGUGGAGUUCUCUGUGUUGGGGUCUGACCUCAGGCUGGCUCCAUUCGGAUCAGGCCGUAGGACUUGCCCUGGAAAGACUUUGGGUUUGGCCACUGUUAGCUUUUGGGUCGGAUCCUUAUUGCAUGAGUACGAGUGGGUGCAAUCAGAUGAUAAUCCAGUCGAUCUCACUGAAAAGCUUAGGCUUUCUUGCGAAAUGGCUAACCCUCUUAAGGUCAAAGCGCACCCUAGGCGCAGAUAAAAAAGACCAAAAUAAUUAGAGUGAAAUGAUAAUCGCACAAUUUGUGAUUUGUUCAAUCUCAACAAAAGCGAUUAUCCUGUUAGAUAUGCUGGACUUAAAAAUGUAAAUAUAGCAGGUGUUGUCUUAUAAAUCUCAAUGCCCUAUUGCCCUGUGUCUUGAUCUUGACCUGCAUAGCUAUUAUACGAAUGUGUAAAUUGCUGUAGCUAUAUUUACCUGAAAUAUGGUUUUGAUCUUUUGGCUUUCCUUACUGAAUACAUAACAGGGUUCCCUAUCAUUCA